AUGUCAGGCCUUUCAUCGUAUGAUCUUGUUUGUUUGGGUGUUGGUAAAGGUGCUACUUCUGUUUAUUCAAAUCAAACUAGUAGUUCAUUUGCACUUCUACGUCGUGCAACAGAUGAAUGUAUACUUCUCAUUGAUAUUGGUCUUGGUUCAAUUUUUGCUCUUCAAAAAUAUGUCAAAGACUUUAAUAUCAAACCUCGACAAAUAUUUGUUUCACAUAAUCAUACAGAUCAUAGCGGAGAAUUACCUGUAUAUAUUGCUAAUGAAGCUUUAAAAUCUAUUGUACGAGUUUAUUGUUAUGCUGGCAUUCAAUCUCGUCUACGACAAUAUCGUUGUGCUGAACUCGAUUCAUCAACAACCGAUCUUUUUCGAAAUGUACAAUGGAUUACAUGUGAUGAAUCAAAAGAUGUUGAACUUGAUUCAGGUGAUCCAAAUUCAAUAUUAAAAAUACGUGUUCAACGAAGUCAACAUAGUGAAUUAUGUGCAGGUUUUGUUCUUUAUGAAAAUAAUCAAGCAAUUCUUAGUUUUUCGGGAGAUUCAGGUUUUAAUACACCAUUUUAUACAUUUCUUUGGAAUGCUCCAACAAUUUUAGUUGAUGGUCGUGAAACAAGUACCUACGAACACGCUAGUUUCGAUGAAAUAUUAAAUUUUUAUAAAACAUCAAGUAUUUCACGACAAGUUUUUGUUUAUCAUUAUGGUCUUGAAAAUGAUAAACCAAAAUUUCCUAUUGAUAAUGUAUCAGCUGUAUCACCUGGUCAAACUAUACAAUUAAUGUUGUCUUUAUAG